AUGCCUUCCUCUUCAGUACUCGGAAAGUCAUGCAAUCUGGAGGUCUCAUGGUUAAAGGGUUUACGACAUUUUGUAUGGCGACAACCCCAAACCCGGACCUCGAUACUCAGCCUAACCUCAGGCCCUGAAACAACCCCUUAUUUCACCCCGACUCUUCUUGAGAUCAUUACUCAUUCCCAAGACCUCAACCCCAGACCUCCCAAGACCUCAACCCCAGACCUCUCAAGACUUCAACCCCAGACCUCCCAAGACCUCAACCCCAGACCUCUCAUGACCCCAACCCCAAACCUCCCAAGACCUCAACCCCCAGACCUCUCUCUCAAGACCUCAACCCCAGACCUCUCACUUGACCCCAACCCCAGACCUCUCAAGACCUCAACCCCAGACCUCCCAAGACCUCAACCCCAGACCUCUCAGACCCAGCCAACCCCCAGACCUCUCCAAGACCUCAGCCCCAGACCUCUCAAGACCUCAGCCCCAGACCUCUCAUGA